AUGUCACUAAGCAGAAGUAUUGAGUUUGAACACUUUGAGGAGCGAGAGAAGCCGCACCGGACACCAAGGACCAACUCUGGCUCCGGGUCCCAAUGUGGCUCCAGAGGCAACGGUCUGGUCCCCAGCCCGGCGCACAGUGCGCACUGCAGUUUCUACCGUACACGCACUCUCCAGUCUCUCACCUCCGAGAAAAAAGCCAAAAAAGUCCGCUUUUAUCGCAAUGGUGACAGGUAUUUCAAAGGUUUGGUGUAUGCCGUGUCUCAUGACCGGUUCAGGUCCCUGGAUGCUCUGCUCAUGGAGCUCACACGGUCCCUGUCGGACAACGUCAACCUCCCUCAAGGAGUCCGGGUGUUGUAUGCUUUGGAUGGAGGGAAGAAGAUCACAAGUCUGGAUGAGUUAGUGGAGGGUGAGAGUUAUGUGUGUGCGUCCAACGAACCCCUCCGACGUGUGGACUACACCAAGAACGUCAACCCCAACUGGUCAGUGGGCAGCAAGACUGGCACAUCACGCUCACUCUCCUCUCUCUUCCCGCUGAAGAGCGACCUGCAGCGAGAGUCCAAAGAGUUCAUCAAACCCAAGCUAGUCACAGUCAUCCGCAGCGGUGUCAAACCCCGCAAGGCAGUUCGAAUCCUGCUCAAUAAGAAGACAGCCCACUCCUUUGAUCAGGUGCUCACUGAUAUCACAGAUGCAAUCAAGUUAGACUCUGGAGCUGUGAGGAGACUGUACACUCUGGAGGGCAAGCAGAUCAUGUGCUUACAGGACUUCUUUGGGGAUGAUGAUGUGUUUAUAGCAUGUGGCCCAGAGAAGUACCGCUAUGCCCAGGAUGACUUUGUGUUGGAUCACAGUGGUAAGGCUUCCACAGCCUUUAUGACUGAAUGCAGAGUACUGAAAUCAUCGAACAGCCGCUCUGCUGCUCCAAACCGGACUAAGAGCCCUGGACCUUCACGACGCAGCAAGUCUCCAGGUGCAGCGAGGCGUACUGUCCACUAUUCCACCAGUCCAUCUCCAAUCAAAUCCCCAGUAAAUGGUGUCAGCCAGAUCUCAACACCUAAGUCAACCAAGUCGUCCACUCCAUCUCCUACCAGCCCCCGACCCAUGCCCAAUUUUAAGAUCCCUCCGUCACACCACAUCUCUUCCACAAAUGUCAAUGGCUCGUUGAGCAACCACCAGGAACAAACCAAUCGACUGAGUCCAGAGGUAAACGGAAACCGCUACCUUCCUGCCUCAAAUAUCUUGGAAAAAUACAAAAUUGGCAAGGUCAUCGGAGAUGGCAACUUUGCUGUAGUCAAGGAGUGUGUUGAGAGGUCCACAGGAAAAGAGUUUGCACUGAAGAUCAUAGACAAGGCCAAGUGCAGCGGAAAGGAGCACCUCAUAGAGAAUGAGGUAGCAGUGCUGCGGAAGGUGAAACACCCCAACAUCAUCAUGCUGAUUGAGGAAGUGGACACUCCCUCUGAACUCUAUCUAGUUAUGGAGCUCGUCAAGGGUGGGGAUUUAUUCGAUUCAAUCACCUCCUCAGCUAAGUACACAGAAAGAGAUGCCAGCAUCAUGGUGUACAAUCUCGCUGGAGCUCUGAAGUACCUACACAGCAUGAACAUCGUCCACAGAGAUAUUAAACCAGAAAACCUGCUGGUAUUCGAGUAUCCAGAUGGCACCAAGUCAUUAAAGCUAGGUGACUUUGGCCUGGCCACAGUGGUGGAGGGACCCUUGUAUACUGUGUGUGGAACUCCAACAUAUGUGGCACCAGAAAUCAUCUCUGAGUCUGGUUAUGGCCUGAAGGUGGAUAUCUGGGCGGCAGGUGUCAUCACCUACAUCCUUCUGUGUGGCUUCCCUCCAUUUAGAAGUGAGAGUAACCUGCAGGAGGACUUGUUUGACCAGAUCCUUUUGGGGCGGCUGGACUUUCCCAGUCCUUACUGGGACAACAUCACUGACUCAGCCAAGGAGCUGAUUGGAAAGAUGCUGAAGGUCAAUUCCGAGGCUCGAUACACAGCACAAGAUGUCCUCUCCCACCCUUGGGUCACGGAUGAUGCAGUCAUGGAAAACAACAUGAUGGUAGCAGUGACAGGUAAACUGAAGACGCACUUUAACACUGCGCCAAAGCACAACAACACCUCAGCUGCAGUGUCUGUCAUCACGUUUGAGGUGUAAACACGGGCCCUGGCCUCGGCCCCUCCUCCUCCUCCUCUCCAUCCUCUUCCUCCUCCCUCCUCCUCACCCCUUCCUCACACUCGACCCAGGACCACAGGGGACGCCUGGAGCUGAGAGCCGGGUACACACUUCAUACCCCCCCUCCCUCCGCUUCCCUUCUUCCUUUCAGGCCAUCGCCCUU